AAUAUUACUUUUGUCGCUAAACUCGAGAUCUUUUAUUUUUAUUGUAAUGGAUACAUCUGAUAUCUGUCGGGUUUGUAUGGAUGAUGAUGGUGAUAAUUUUACAUCGCUUUAUGAGGAAUCGGAAGGCUUUCCUUUAACUCCUGCCGAAAUGAUAUCUAAUUGCGCUGGGAUCGAGGUAGAAAGAGACGACGGAUUGCCAGGAGUGAUAUGUAAUGAAUGUCUACGCGCUAUAAAUGAAGCACAUUUAAUCCGUUCAAAAUGCCGCAAUACUGAUAGAAAACUAAGAAAAAUUCUUAAUCUGAGGAACAAGUUAAAUGUUAAAUCAACUAUUGAAAACUCUUCAAAAAACCUAAGCCCAAUAAUUGAACGUGAAAGAUUACCUGCUGUCUUGGAGACAUCGCCCUGCGAGGAAGUGGGGAAAGAAAGCAUCUCCCGUGAAUAUCUGAGUGAUCGCAAACCUUUGGUUGACAAUGAUUUCAUAGAAAAAGAACUAGCAGAUGCUAUUCCUGGCGAAUCGCAACAUACAUGCAAAGACCAACUUCGACAGCUAGAAGUAAUCAAAACAUCACUUAUUCUCGUCAAACAAGAAGAUAUGCAGCAGGGUGCUGCGGCGUUGGAAGAAGAAUAUCUUAUUGAGGAACUUAAAGAAUUUACUGACGAAGAUGUUAAUAGUGAAACCGAGCCAUCGAAUACUUCAGCAAAAGUUUUCGAAAAAGAAGAGUUGUUGCAAAACCCAUCGUUGGAUGGCGCAAAAGACAACUCGGGUCUUGAAACUGAAACAUUUGUGAAAAUGGAAGUACAAACUUUAGAGGAAGAUGAAUAUGAAGACUACGAAGCAAUAGAUGAAGAAUCGGAGGCAGGAGAAUUUGGAGAAGUUUCACAAUCAAAUGAUAUUGCUAGUUGUUGCGGUUGUCCGAUGGAGUUUGCUACAGUAGAAGAGUUGGUGAAUCAUUCCAAGUCUACUCAUCUGACUAAUAAAAAUGAGAAUACUUUGCAGGAAUGGUUUUCAUGUGAAAUAUGUUACAAGAAGCAUAGUUCCCAGAAGGCUCUCGACUACCAUAAAACAUAUCAACGGAAUAAAAAAAUGCGUACCUGCGUCUAUUGUAAGUUGAUUUUACAUAGUGUGCGCAAACGCAAACAACAUGAACAAUUGCACAAAACCCUUCCGGAAGAUUAUGAAAUUAAUUGCUGUGGCUGUGAUCAAAUGGUUCCGCUCAAGCAACUAGGAAUACAUUCAGAACAAUUUCACAAAAAGACCAAUCAAGUAUUCAACUCAAAAUUUGUAUGUGAUGUUUGCUUCCUAGAUUGUGGUUUUAAACAUAGAUUAGAGUACCACCAAUCCAAGCAAGAGCUUCCCAAGGUUACAAAAAAUGUGGAAAGGCAUUCACAUUCGGAUAAAGUAUUCGAAGCUCCUACUGCCGAUAUCGACGGUAGGCAACGUUUUAUUUGUGAUAUAUGUGAGAAGCAUUUUUCAACGAAAGGAAAUCUGAAGUCGCAUCAUUCGCUGCAUGCUACAACUGAAAAGCCAUUCAAAUGCAUUCAUUGUGAAAAGGAUUUUUCCAAAAAAAGCAAUUUCAACGUUCAUAUGCUAAGAGCACAUUCGAAUGAUAGCGCAUUUCGUUGUACUAUGUGUAGCAAACGAUUCAAAUGUGCUACUAAUUUGAAAACACACAUGAGAGUUCAUACAAAAGAACGACCGUAUUCGUGCACAUUCUGCCCAAAGAGGUUUGCGCAUCUUUCGGAUAAGCGUAGACAUGAAAUUGUACACUCCGGAAACUACCCGUACCGAUGUAACUUGUGUAAUAAACCUUUCACAAGAAAAACAGUUUCAGAGCGACACCAAGAGAUCUGUAACAAACGAUUGGAAAGCAAUAAAACAGCCCGCGAUCAAAAAGUCAGUCGACAGCUAGAUAAUAAAACUCAAUAUUCAAACGCAGUUACCACGAUUUGUGAUAUAUGCGAUGAGAGAUUUAUGUCAGUAGUAGACCUUACAAAUCAUCAUGUGGAAAGACAUGCCCAAACGUUGCAUGACGGAACCUAUGAAGCUGAAGUUGAGAUCGAAUGAGGUAGAUACUAAAAAACAAAAAUUUCGGGAAUAUCCGAUGAACAAAAUUACUGUUUAGAUCCAUAUUGAUCCGAACAUUACCUCCUGGGAUUUUAUUUAGAAAUCUAUUUAUAAAAAUGAGACUUCAGUGUUGAACAUUUUGGUCAACAAGAAAUAGUUUUAGCACCUGAUUUUGUGUUGGAUUCAGAUAUACGUGACCCUAUGGGAUACAAAAGAGAUAAGGAGAUAACCUAUAGUGCUAGCUACUGCUGGUCGGAGCAGUCUCACUUUUAGAUGGGAGCGGGCCAUUUGGCAUAAGGUCAUUUGGCAUAAUGGACAUUUGGCAUAACGGUUAUUUGGCAUAAUGGUCAUUUGGUAUAAUUUGGGGAAUUGGCCACACUGAAGGUCCAUUGGCAUAAUGGACAUUUGACAUAACGGUUAUUUGGCAUAAUGGUCAUUUGGCAUAAUUUUUAGAAUUGAUUACACUGAAGGUCGUUUGGCAUAACGGACAUUUGGCAUAACGGUCAUUUGGCAUAAUGGUCAUUUGGCAUAAUUUUGAGAAUUGAUCACACUGAAGGUCAUUUGGCAUAACAGACAUUUGGCAUAACGGUCACUUGGCAUAACGGACAUUUGGCAUGACGGAUAUUUGGCAUAGUUUUGCUAAGUGAUCUCACUGAAAGUCAUUGGCAUAACAUACGAAUGAGUAGUUUAUCAGGUGAAUGACCCAUAAGAUUAAAGCUGCACUAAGCAAUAAUAAUAAUAAUAAUAAUGUGUUGUUAUCUAUUACGUAAUAUUGAUUAUAUUUCGAGUGGAUUUUUAACAUUUUAUAACUGAUUUAGCCUUCUUUUAAAUAUGAGCAAUUCUUUUGAGUUUCAUUUUUGAAAUCUUUGUGCUUUUUCAUCUUUGCAAUUAUGAAUUCUUUGCUAUGAUAUACGUUUUAGUAUAGUGUAGAACAGCGAUCCACCCGACGUCUGUUUUGUUUUGAUUAUUAUUAUUAUGAUCUCCAAUGAGUUAUACCAAAUGUCCAUUGUGCCAAAUGAUCUUAUGCCAAAUGACUAUGCCAAUUGACCCGGACCCCUUUUAGAUAGGUAUAUUAAAUUUUCUGGUACAUGCACGGCAAAGUAAUGGAUACACUUAUGAAUAUAAGUCGAAUCUUGUGAAUUGUUUAAUUCUGACAUUUCUAACAAUUCCAAAGCUGUAUGUUUUUCGUAACAUUUAAAUAAACUUCAUUAACUUGCAUUAUAAAAUAUGCGCGCUAAAGGUGUAUAUUUCAUACGCGAAUGAAAUGAAAUUAGAAGUUUCAUAUGAAGAAAUGUAUGAAACAAACGCGUUUUUUUUCUUUUCUCUCGUUUUUGUUCUAUCGCGCUUCCAUUGACGUUGAGUAGAUGAGUUGGUACAGCGGUUUUCAACUUCCUUCCGCCUGUGUAGUCUCGGAGAUUCUUCUUCUGUAUUUAGCUUCCUAUUCGAACCUCGAUGAUCCAUCCUCUUAGUUAUCCGUUGCGUUCUCGUCGACUACGUACACUUAGUUUCCGGACUCUAGAGGUAUAGUCGGUUGGAAUCACUUGGUGCAUCCGGUCAAUGCUGGCAGAUACUCACGGAUUCACCUUCUCGAACAUUGGUCCUCCAAGCAUUGUGUGAGCUUCCAGUGUUAUAAAUGUUGUUCUCGGUUAGCCGACACCUUGAGCACCGUACGACGGCUGCCAUGACUGCUUUGACGGAGCGGACCAUCCGCUCUCAGGAUUCAACCAUAUGAGGAGCUGAUGGUGGGUUGAAGAGCCAGUUGAUUCUUGCGUUCGGGAGCGUCUCCACGCAGUUCUCAAUCUGUUCUACUAGUAGGUUACUUGUCCCUUGAAAUACGUACCGUUGUCGGAGUGAAAUGCUGCUGUGGCGCGGUUCACGAAUCAACGAAUCGCUAUCACGCAGGACUAUGGACAACCUCCAGGUGUACCGCACAUUUGUUUAUUGUUCUAUCAACACCAACAGGCCUCUUGGCCCUGAUGGUGGUUAGCAAGGGUAGAUAAAAAAUAUUUUUUUGAAAACUCGCUGAAGUCCGGUAAUAGCGCUGUGGCGAGCGUAGUUGG